AUGUUUAUAGUAAAAUGUCGAAUGAGCUAUAAACCUCUGCUUCUAUUGUCACGAUUGUGUACUAUACAUACUUUGAUUUAAUUUGCUUCGCUUAACCAGUCAGCUGUGCUGCUGUGUCGUGGAAUAAUACCAACUUAUAUUUUAUUUUUCAAAAGCAUACUAUUACCAUACCAAGGCCACAGAGCUUCAAUUGCUCUGAAUCUAAUACCAGAGCUCCAUACGGCAUAUAUUCUUCAUACCUGCACGUUCUGCAAGCAGGCGACUCAAGGCUCAACUGCGAUAUCUUGAAUAUAUUGGCUAUCGUGUUGCGUCUUUACAGGUGUUUUAAUCUCACGCGAUAAAGGACAACAUUAUCGCCAGACAAUCUCAUAACUCAGUAUUCAGGCUUCGUAUGUCUCUACCAAGGAAGAGCUUCGCAAUACACUUCAACAAGUGUUUUCCGGAUAUACACAAUGUCUACAACAAUAAUUGAUUCAUUUUGGAACAUCUUGUGACGCAGCUUUCAUAUCUUAUUCGCCCUGGCAUGCAUGCUUUGGGACGAAAUUAUUCGACACCUCAAUGACAAGACACGAUAACGGUUUCCAAGACGACGACGACGAGGACGCCGACGAGGGAAACGAUCACGACAGACGGUCGUCACAUGUUUUAACUUCAUAUUCUCAUUGACAUGAGCAAUGUCACGGUCGCUCCAACGGUGGAGUGCCCUUGCGCUGGGUACCUGCACUUUGGAACCACGGAAACGAUUCUUUUCAAGAAAUGGACGGUUUCGAAUGCCGGAGGUCUUCUCGGAUCAUGCCUGGUGGUCGUACUCCUCGCCAUCCUGGUCGAAGGCCUGGUCGUCUUCCGGAAGCACCUGUCGAAGAAGUACGCCACCGAUGUCCGUCAUCGUAUGAUAGAAACGGAGGCAAGCGAAUCAACGAGAUUGGUAGAAGAACAAGCCGAAGGACAGAUACCUUUAUUUUCCUGGAGCCACCUCAUUCUGACCGCCCUCUACGGCCUCCAGACACUCAUCUUUUAUCUUCUCAUGCUGAUAGCAAUGACACUCAACGCAUAUCUCCUGAUAGCGAUAGUGAUCGGAUCAAGUAUAGGUUACUUCAUGUUCGCGUGGCGAUGCUCGGUGAAAGUAAAUGUGACGACAGUUAACAGAUGAUGACUAUGUGCAUGGUUGAGAAAUCGCUUCAUUUUAUCAAGAAAUAUUCUUACUUAACAUUAACUUUGUAAAAGUCAUUAGAGCUGGGCAUUAGAGAUUGGAGCAAUUGUCGGGUACUUCUUGUUCAAUUGGCGUUGGUCUGUGAAAGUGAAUAUGACGUCGGUUCGCCAUUC